AUGUCGAAGGGCUCAAGCUCCUGGCGCCAAGAGGAUUACAGUCCGUAUCUGCAAUCGCCGCAGGCCUAUCUUCAGCCGCGUGCCCCAACUCCGGGACAGGUUUCUCGAUCCUCCUCUGCAAAUGGGCCUGCAGCGUCAUCGAGCCAGUCCUAUCGCGACCCUGGACUUGUACGCAUUGCACAAGACAUUAAACGCCCUCUUGAGCUCCACAAUGAUUGGCAAGACGAGGAGGAUGAUGACUUCUAUGAUGAGGACCCAUCUGAAGAGGGUGAUGAUCGGUUCUUCAACCCUGCUCUAUUGAGUCACAUCGCGGUGAGGCUACGGGACAAGGUGGUGAGAGGUACUCAUGUCAAAGGCAGUAUCCCGUAUCCAAGAGCAUUCACGGGAAAGGAUAUUGUGUCGACAAUACAGUCUCAAAUACAGCGGGAGCUGCUGGUGACGCAUGGAAUUUCAACCAAUGACCGGCGCGCUGCCCUGCAAGUCGCGCGUAGCCUGCAAAGCCAGCUGUUCUUUUAUGAAGUCGAAUGGGGAGGGCGUGUGCUGCAGGACGGCGUUGAGGAAGUCUAUAUGUUCCUUGAUGACCAGGAGGGCGCGUCCGAUGCUCGUAUUGAGCGCGAGGAACUUCCCACAGCGGUAAUUACUCUGUUGACCAGAUGCUAUUCGCCAAGCUGCUACGACGAGACGCCAUGCUAUUCAUAUGCUUGUCCAAAGAGGAACAGAAAUAUGCCUCUUUUGACCUCGACAGAGAAGGAAGAGGAGGAAGAGAUGGACGAGUCCUGGGUGAAUACGGUACCUCAAGAGGUCUUGAAAACGCUGCCGGAGAGCGAAGUCAAUCGACAAACGAUUAUACACAAAGUGAUCAAUAAGGAGAAGCAGUAUCUACGCGAUCUAGACGCUGUAGAAUCGCUAUUCAUUCGACCUCUGCGAACAGCGAAUCCACCAAUUAUCCGUCAGAGCGAGAUAGAUGAAUUCAUUGAGGACGUCUUCGGCAACAUUCUCGACCUUCGGGAAUGCAAUCGUCGACUUCUCGAGGUAUUGAACGUGAGGCAGCGUGAGCAGGCUCCCAUCAUACAAGGAGUCGGCGAUAUCUUCCUCGAUGCGGCGACGGAGUUUCGUCUCGCCUAUCCAAUCUAUGUCGGUCACCUCCCAGUUGCGGAAAAAAGGGUCAAAGAUGAGAGUGAGCGCAAUGCUGAGUUCCGACGGUUCAUCGAGCAACGUGCUAGAGAUCCGGAAGCGCACCGCCUUGACCUGAAACAUUUCCUGAAUCGUCCUUCGGAACAUCUUCAGAAGUAUCCAGUGUUGCUGGAGGCUAUCUGCAAUGAGACAACGGAGGGAAAUCCGGACGCUGACUUCCUCAAAGAAGCCAUCGAGGCGAUAAAGAAGCUGCAGACUGUUGCACAGUUAUGGACAUGGCAGUCAGCGAUGGGCAAAGGCCCAACAGGCAAACUCGAGUGGCAUAAUCUCGUCUCAGAAGAAAUCAGGAAGGGUCUGCCAAAAAAGGAAGGGAAGCGCCAGUCGAUCAUCUUUGAGCUCAUCAAGGGAGAGAUGGAUUAUGUCAAGGACCUCGAGAAUAUCGAAGUAAUGUAUGUCUCGCCUCUUCGGGAGAUGGAUCCGCCUAUUAUUCCGAGAGACCGACUGGAUCAGUUCAUACGAGAUGUAUUUCACAACUUUGCGGAGCUGCAUGCCCAUCACCGCAAGAUGUUGCACGCUCUUCACGAGAUUCAGCGAGAGGAACACCCUUUGAUCCGCAGUAUCACCUCGCCUAUCUAUGAUGCCGUCCUCAACUUCCGUGAUGCGUAUUUGGAGUACAUACCCAAUUAUCCCAUUGCAGCAUACCGCAUCGACGAUGAGAUGGCUAAUAACUCAUCUUUCAAGUCUUUUGUCGAGCAAUGUACAAGACACCCAGAUGCUCGCAAGUUGGACAUGAAAGCCUUUAUCAAUCGACCCAUCCCCAGGUUGCUGAGAUACGAAUUGCUGCUGAAAAGCAUCUUGGACGAAACUCCGGAAGGUCACGAGGACAGAGAAACAAUACCACAAGUCUUAGAUCUCAUCAAGGCUCUAGGCAAAGAGGCCGAACCGGGUGUGAUGUCGGCAAAACAGAAGGUCGAGGUCUGGCGCUACAAUUCGAACUUGGUAUUCAAGCCUGGCGAAGCAAUCGACAUGGAUCUACUGAACGAGAACCGAUCGCUUAUACAUAGUGGUAGGUUGCUUCGACAGCCUGAUACUGGUUUCGAGUGGAAUGGGUGGACUGAACUCUUCGUGCUGCUAUUCGACAACUAUCUGGUCAUGACAAAACCCAAAGAAAAAGAGGGGAUUACACGUUAUCACGUUUACCGGCGCCCUAUACCGCUCGACCUGCUUACGCUAGUCAAUUUCAGGGAUCCUGCCACUCAGCGGAGUGCUGGCAUCCUUCGCCUUGGCCGUUCGGAGCCCCGGAGUCACUCCGAUACCGUUACGACCCCCGGAGCUGCAAGCUCACCUGACAGUGCCACUGAUUCGCGAGCAGUUUUCCCUUGCAUAUUCCAUCAUACUGGGCGAAUGGGUGGGCUGUAUACUCUAUUUGCAGAGUCUGCACAAGGCCGGAAUGAGUGGAAGGCAAAGUUGGAUGAGGCCAUUGGACUUAGGAAGGUCGUGCAGGAGUCUAACAAGGUAUUCGAGGUUGAGACUCUCAGCGCGGAUACCUUUUUUGUACCCGCGAUGGCUCCUGGCGGCGGUAGCGUUGCUAACAGCCACGAGAACGCAUUCACUGGCAAGGUCACUUGUUCUGUACCAUUCAAUACUGCCGAUGGGCGAGGUCUCGUUGCCAUUGGAUGCGCGGAGGGCGUAUGGAUUGGAUUCCGACAUGAUUCCAGAUCAAUGCGUCGCGUACUUCACUUGAAGAUGGUUACACAGUGUGCAAUGCUAGAAGACUUCGGUAUUUUCCUAGUACUGGCGGACAAAUCCUUGUUCGCGUACCAUAUCGAGGCUCUAGUGCCAUCUUCCCUUCAGAGUGCACAUACCUCACAGACUCCACAAAAGCUGAGCGGCAACAAGGACGUCCAUUUCUUCAGCGUCGGCAGCCUCAACGGUCGUACGCUAGUCAUCUACAUGAAGAAGAAAGGGCUCGAUAGCGUCUUCCGUGUGUUAGAGCCUGUUGUGGGCAAGAUCAAUGAGAGAGCGAAGGCACCGCAGACAUUUAGCUCACGGCUUGGCUUGCGAUCUCAGCGUUCAGAAUGGUUCCGGGUCUACAGGGACUUCUUCCUACCAUCCGAGUCCUUUGACCUGAUUUUCCUGAAGGCUAAGAUCGUGAUUUUGUGCACGAAAGGGUUCGAAAUCAUGGAUCUCACCGAUUUUAAGAGCGUCACGAUUCCUCAACGUGAUGAUCCUCAUCUCGAAAGGCUCGCAAAGAGAUGCGAAUCUUGUAGACCUAUGGGGAUGUUCCGUACCAGUCAGGAUGAAUUCUUGCUGUGCUAUGAUGAAUUUGGCCUCUAUGUAGACCGCCACGGCGAUCCGAGUCGUUCUAUGGGCACAAUUGAAUGGGAAGGAACGGCAGAACACGUCGCAUGGCAUCCGCCUUACGUCCUGCUCUUCGAUACGCGCUUCGUUGAGGUUCGACAUGUGGAGACCGGUCGCCUCGCACAGAUCAUUCCUGGGAACGACGUACGGUGUAUCUGGGAUGGACGAGGAACGAGCAACGUUCCCACAUCAGCAGUUCCAGGACCCGAAGGGUGGACGGAAGGCGUCUCACAAGAACCGCGCGUCCACGGAGUCAUGAACGUUGAAUCCGGUGUUCAACAAGGGACGAAUUCGAGGACCCCAGCACAUCCGGUGGCACAGCAUGUCUUCGAGCUCAUUCCCACUAUACCUCUAUAUCUUCCUGGAUCAUUGUCAUCGCCAUCGCAAGCCACACACUUUGCCCAGAGCAAUUCACCCCCGCACUCGCCCCGGUUGAAUCCAGCGCUGUCUUUCCGAUGA